AUAUUAAACCAUUGUUAAAUCUGAGAGUAUCCGAAUUACAUUGUAAGAGCGGGAAAUAAUUGCGGAAAAGCAGCUGUGAAGCAAGAAAGGAGUCUACUGUCUAAGAAUCGAAUGGGUGUAGAAUCGGAACCUGUGAGCAAGAAGCCAAAAAUGCCCCUUGACAAUGUGGUUUUAAGAUUUGCUAAAUUGACAGCCAAUGCUCUCUGUCCGACUAGAGGUUCUAAGUUAGCCGCUGGAUAUGAUUUGUACAGUGCCUAUGAUUAUAAGAUACCAUCUAAAGGGAAAGUUUGUGCAAUGACAGACAUACAGAUAGCUUUACCAGAAGGCUGCUAUGGUCGUGUCGCACCAAGAUCUGGUCUUGCUGCCAAGCAUUUUAUUGAUGUCGGAGCUGGUGUGAUAGAUCAGGACUAUCGUGGUAAUGUAGGAGUUAUCAUGUUCAAUUUUGGAGAACAAGAAUUUGUUGUAAAUAAAGGUGACAGAAUUGCUCAGCUGAUAUGUGAAAGAAUUUAUAUUCCUGAAUUAGAAGAAUGUGAGAACUUGAAUGCAACUGAAAGAGGAGAUGGAGGAUUUGGUUCAACAGGAACCAAUUAAAAGGGGCAUGGUGAUUAUGGUAAACCAAUUGGAUCUUGUUACUGUGUCUGGUAACAGGCUCAAGACACUUUCUGAAUGGUUGAAACCAUUGAUGUUUUCAUUUCAGUUCUGUGUAUGUUGUCUAAUAUUCAUGAAUUGUUUUGUAAAUUUCAUAUAAUUGUGUGUACUUGUGAAUGCUUGUGUAAAUGAAUCAUCAUCUGAAUGUGAAUUAAAAUGUUUGAGUACUGUAAAUUCAGAAAUUAAUGUGAGGUUUUUAUAAUUGCCAAAACUGCGACAGAGUUGUAAAUGCAAUAAUUUAAACUCGCAUUUUGAAAUACUUUAUAUGAAUUAAACAGGAUUUUUUUCAAAAGCGUAAAAAUUAAAAUCGCAUUUUAGUCUAAACUGACUAAAUCUCAAUAAUGAAUGCACGCAAUAAUUUCUGAAUUUACAGUAAAUGAAUGCUUGUGAAGAUGAAUCAGAUAAUUGUGUGUGUACAUUUGUGUAAAUGAAUCAUUAUAUGAAUCGAAUAAUUGGGUUUUGUUUUGUCAUUUAGACCUCAUCACAAUUAAAAUCAUGUAGCAAUACAAAUCCUAUGUCUUUCAAAAGAAUUACAAGUGUUCAAAAUGUUAGAGAUGUUUCAUUUAUAUUAUAAUGUUUUUAGAGAUGUUUCAUUCAAAUAAAAUGUGAGCUCAAGCAAAUUUUUAUCUUGGUCUGUGCAAAAAAACAAAAAACAAGUCCUUUUGAUACUAAAAGAAAAAUAAAAAGUAAUAGUAUUAACUUUAAAUUUUACCAAUAAUAUAAUUUUGAUAAAUAUCUUCUGCAACAAGAUUCACAAAGAUGUAGUAAAAGACACUGAUCUAAAUUUAAAUAUAUUAGAUUUAAGUUGCUUAUUUGACAAAAUUUUAGCAAUAUUAUUAGCCUUUAAUUGUGGUGAGCAUUGUUGUUGACUGUUUCUAUGCACUAAUGUGUUCAAAUGUUUUUAGUGCUAUUUGUAUUCUACCUCGUGUAAGAAUUUUGUUGCUUUGUUAUAUUAUGUUUGUAAGGUCCUGUAAACCACUAGGUUUUCUUUGAAAUGUUCUCGUAUAGCAAAUCUUAGCACCUGAAAAGUCGUGAAUCAGUGAUUCAAAGCGUGAAAAUCAUAAUGCCAAAUUAGGGAUUAUUUAUAAAUGAUACAUAUAUCUGCUAUGAAAAAUGCCUUUUUUUCCCCUCUAAAAAGAUGCACAUUUUUGUUAAAAUAACCUUACUGCUUUUUGGUAAUCACGUGCCACAAUGACAAUUUUUGUGAAAUUUUGAUAUCAUUUGAAUAUUACUUUAAUUUUAAAAUUCACAUUUUCAUGUGGAAAAAGCAACUUGUUUUUUUUCUUUCCCUAUAAGCUCCUUUGUGGCAAAAUUUACUCUUGAAAUAACGCCAACUUUCAUGUAACAUUGUAUAAAGAAGAAUAACUGAAGUUUACUGGACCUUAAGAUACCACCGACUUGUGUUCAAUCUGUAAAUAGUAUUAUUGCAAUUGUAGUAAAUUAAGUUAUGGUACCAGUUUUGUAUAUUUUGUUAUGGAGUACCAGUUUUGUUAAUUGGUGAGGGCUGUAUAGCCAGUCAAGGUCGUUAAAAAUGUAGAUUAUAUAGUUAUGGUUACCAGAAUUGUAGUUAAUUCCCUAAUAAAGAGUACUACUACUGGCAUUCUAGAAACUGGUUAAGGUUGUACUAAUAUUUUAAGUAAAAGUACUGUAUAAGUAAUUUAGAAUAUCUUAUCAAGGAUUUACCAUUAUUUUAAUAAGGGUUCAAAUUAUGAAGUAUGUUCAUUUAUGGAAUUUAUGGAGGGAGGAGAAAGUCUUAAAAUUUUACAGUAUAUUUGGAAUCUUUCUUGUGUUAAAAAGUGUUCGAAGAUAUCCUCAGUGGUAAAAAAUGUCUUGAGUGUUCAAAUCUAAAUGUGUUCAAAGAUUGUUUUGUUUUUAAUUAACAAAGAUAUCUGACAUACUUUUUUUUUCGAUUGUAUUUGUUAAAAUACCCCCUACAUUAACUUGUUUUAAUACACAGUUGUCUUGAUAAUAAAUAGCAAAGAAUUCUGUACAAACUCUGGUACUAGGGGCCAUUUCGAAAUUAAAAAGUUGUACCAUUAAUAUAUAGAUGCCAACCAUUACGAUUUUUCCGUAGUUUUUCCGAUUUUGCGAUACAAACUACGCUAUUACGGUCAAAGUCGAAUAGUUACGGAUUCCCAAUCAUCGCCGUUCAAUUUUGUAAAUCGCGGAUUUUUAUCAUUACUUUUCCGUCCUGGUCUGGUAUUUAGAAAACGACAAUGUAAUGUUUCCGGUUUCUCGGGAGUUAUCAACCUAUUGAUGGGAACUAACUGACUUCCGAAGAGGAAAACUUGCAUUUUAUGAAGUAGCUUUCCCCCUUUCUCUACUUCUCCUUGACAAAACGAAAAUGUACGAGUCGAGAACAUCUAAACAAUUAAUGAAUGGAAUUCAUACUACAGACAACAUGUUGAACGACAAAUUUUAGUGCACAUCAUUUUGCAACCACUCGUCAGUAAUUUUUAUUGGUAAAUGCAAGUUUUUGAAUGUUUACUGAAAACUUUUCAAAAAUACGGAAAAUUUGAUAGUUUGUUACUGAUUGUCUCAAAAGGGGUUGGCAUCUAUGUUAAUAAUACAAUAUUUAGUUCAACUUGUUGAUGAAUGAUAUUCCAAUUUUGUAUUAUCUGCUAUUUCAUUUAAGAGAAAUAUUACUUCUCAACAGAACAAACUAAUUGCAAGUAUAUUAGAAUUGAGUUUAAAAAUUGUAUAAUAAAAAAAAGUCCCUUUAUGUCAAGGAUUACUCAAGUGAUAAUGUCAAGGGUUACUCUUGUGAUGUUGACGGUUAUUACAUUCCAUCAAUGCAUUAUUUUACUGCAUCAAAUUUUAUAUUGUAGGAAAAUUGAGCUGAGAUUCAGCAAUUGUAUAAGUUUUCCUAAUGUAUGCAUUCAUUUUUUUUCAACUUCAGCCUAAAUUCAUAGAUGUAAACAAACUAUUGUGAAUAUAAAGAACAAAACUAGAAUUUGUUUUCACAGAUGUAAAAACAAAUUUUGAAUUUAAAGAACAAAUCUAGAAUUCCUUUCAUGAAAAGGUUUAUGAACAAAACAAAUUCAUUUUUUUUAUGUUUUGAAAGGACUUUGAAAAAGUUAUUACAUUUUUAAUAAAAUGUUCAGUAGUUCA